AAUCUAACGUAUGUAGUGUCUUUUACGUAUAUGUAUGACAUUGUCAAUGUUGAGCAGUAUCUUUUUCAACGUCUCCCGAUCCGUGUGUGUAAUAACACGUAAAAAUUUUUGUACAAACAUGGCAAAGAAAACUGCAAUUUUGCUAAUUGCCGAUGGAAGCGAAGAAAUGGAAGCCGUGAUAACUGCCGACAUCCUAAGACGUGCCGGGAUUGCUGUUACCAUAGCUAGCCUAUCAGAUGCUAACUGUGUGAAAUGUAGCCGUGAUGUUAAAAUUUGUGCGGAUGCCAAGUUUGCUGAUGCUACUAAGGAUCAAAAGUAUGAUGCUGUCAUAUUACCUGGUGGUCUCGGUGGAUCUAAAACAUUUGCAUCUUCGGCGGAAGUUGGAAAAUUGUUACAAGAACAAGAGAAGGAAGAUAGAUUAAUAGCUGCUAUCUGUGCAGCUCCAACAGCUUUGAAAGCUCAUGGUAUUGGCAAAGGAAAACAAAUCACUUCUUAUCCAGCUAUGAAAAGUGAAUUGAUCGAUGAAUACAAGUACCUGGAGGAUAAAGUAGUGACAGAUGGUAAUCUUAUAACGAGUCGAGGACCGGCGACUGCCUUUGCUUUCGGCUUAGCUAUUGUUGAAAAAUUAUUAAACAAGGAAACAGCUACUACAGUGGCAAAAGGAACAUUGUACGAUGACUACAAAUAAAUCUACUUAUUUUAUAUACAAGUUGCUGUAUAUAUAAAAUAAUCAUUGUAUACAUUUUCUUAUAUAAAAUUUGUGGCUUUAAAAAGAUACUUGUGCAUGAAUGCAUGUAACACACAUAUAAUAAAUAAAUCUUAUGUCUAAAAUAAA